UCGUUGGCCGCCGCCAUUUUGUUUGGUUGUUUGUGAGCUGCAGUGAACGCCGUGCUUUGCACCUAACUACUAUUCUGCCCAUAUUCCUAAAUCAAUCUUUUGUGGGAGGUAUCAUGGCAGAUGACCUUGACGUGGAGGCCUUGCUGGAGGCACCUUAUCGAAAGGAGGAGGUGAAUGGUGCAGGAAGCCUUCAUCAAGCAAGUUCAUCUGGAGAAGGCGCUAAGGGCUCGGCUGACAAGGAGAACAGGCAUGGCAGCAGCAGCAGCAAGAAAAGGCGCAGUCGGAGCCGCAGCCGGAGCCGAGGUCAUGGACGUCACAGGAGCCGAAGCCGUGGCAGGGAGAAGCGCCGUUCCCGGUCCCGGUCCCGAGAGCGAAGAAGGCGGCGUUCGCGCAGUCCUGGACGUCGACGAGGACCACCCCUGCCUCCCCGGCCACGGAGCCGGAGUCGCAGCCGAGACAGGCGGAGACGGCGUUCUAUUUCACCCAGGCGAAGGGGCUUGGAUGACAUCACACCUGAGGAGCGAGACAUGCGGACGGUCUUCUGCAUGCAGCUUUCUCAACGCAUUCGUGCACGGGACUUGGAGGAGUUUUUUUCAGCUGUAGGCAAGGUUCGAGAUGUACGGCUGAUCAUGGACAACAAGACACGGAGGUCCAAGGGCAUUGCAUAUGUUGAAUUUCAAGAUGUGGAGUCUGUACCAUUGGCCAUGGGAUUGAAUGGGCAGAAGUUGUUUGGCAUCCCCAUAGUGGUCCAGCCAACACAAGCAGAGAGGAACCGGGCUGCUGCUCAAAAUGCGAGUACAAGCAGCAGCACUUUGCAACGAGGAAAUGUUGGGCCAAUGCGCCUUUAUGUUGGCUCAUUGCAUUUCAACAUCACUGAAGACAUGCUCAAGGGCAUCUUUGAACCAUUUGGCAAAAUUGACAAGAUAGAGCUCAUCAAGGAUAUGGAGACCAACCGCUCCAAGGGCUAUGGUUUCAUCACAUUCCAUGACUCGGAAGAUGCGAAAAAGGCUUUGGAGCAGUUGAAUGGCUUUGAACUGGCAGGCCGACCCAUGAAAGUGGGUCAUGUGACAGAGCGCACUGAUGUGUCUCAGGCACCCAGCUUCUUGGACAGUGAGGAGCUGGACCGAAGUGGCAUUGACCUUGGUGCUACUGGACGUCUGCAGCUGAUGGCGAAACUAGCAGAAGGCACAGGGUUCCAGAUACCACAAGCUGCAGUUAAUGCCCUUCAAAUGAACCCCACUGUACUGCCAGGACAGCCCCAAGCAGCUGCUGUGGCAGUAGCAGCUGCACCAACAAUAGCCACCCAGUGUUUCCUGCUGUCCAACAUGUUUGACCCUUUGACGGAAACAAAUCCUUCUUGGGAUGAGGAGAUUCGACGAGACGUGAUUGAAGAGUGCCGCAAGCAUGGUGGAGUUCUGCAUGUCUACGUAGAUCGGGCAUCACCUGAGGGACAUGUGUAUGUCAAGUGCCCAACCAUUGCCUCAGCAGUAGCCUCUGUCAAUGCGCUGCAUGGGCGCUGGUUUGCUGGUCGAAUCAUUACAGCUGCGUAUGUCCCAGUCAUGAGUUACCACACCCUCUUCCCCGACUCUGCAACGACAAAUACCCUGUUGUGAAUGAAAGAGGCCGACGGUUGUGCAUGGACAUCGUCGCCUCCAUUUUUCCCCGCCUCUUUUCUUUACACAUAAGUUAGAAAACUUUGUCAUUGCAUAAGCUGCAAUCUUUUGUUCACCCUCUUUGUCUUAUGUUGCCCAUUGUAAAUGUACAUAGCAGAGUACAUGAUGCUUUCAAGUGCACACAGUAAUAAAUCACUUGUGUAUAUAUAUAUAUAUGCAGACUGCAAUUAUUGCUAAAGCUGACAGGGAAAGAUGGUACAGUACAAUGAUACCUGCUUGCAAGAUUAUCCAUAUUUAGUUCUUUGCCAACUGCAAUGACUUAGCAGCAGUGGCAGUCAGAUGCUCCCUCCAGUGAGAUUGAUUCGUGGUUGCAGUGGCUGCAUUUUUAUGGAAUCAGAAUGCAGAAAUGGCAGCACUAAGAUUUCAGUGCACGUUGAAAGAUCUAGCGGCCAAAAUUAUGGGGACCCUGCAGAAUCUUUAGAGUGAUGGUAAGUAAACGCACCAAGUCAUCAUAUGGUAGCAUCUCUAACACAUCAGCUAAAUAGUGCUCCUCUGCAUGAAGCACGAAACUUGCAUUAGAGAUAUAAAACAAGCGGGUUUCAUAUGCAAGAAAUGGCAGCAGUAGCACCAAAUUUGCAUCUAAUUUUGGUCAAAAAGCUGUCCUUUUCUGCAGCCCUUUCAAGUCCCUGCCAUCCUUUAGGUAUUUGUGACAAGGAAUUUUUAGAAUUGAAGUACCAUCACUUUGGAUGUGCAAAGAAAUGGUAGACCACCACUGCACGUGGGCAGAAAGCAAACCAGAUAUUGCCUUCGCACUUAAGCUAUGUGUCAAACUCAAAAUAAAUAGCAUGUGUCCGGAAAACCAAAAGCCUUCAUGGCAGCAUGAAUUACAUCCAGGACUUACCCAUCUCAGUUUUCACAUGCAUUUAGAGAUAGUUUUUCAAGCAUCUGGGAGUGGUGCUUGAAGGAAAGUGGCUUAACUAGAGGAGAUGCUAGCUACAUCAGUAUAUGUGCAUCCCUUUCUGUCAUCAUUUUUCAUCAGUAUUUUUUACCCCUUUACUCCUUCCCCUAUGCAGAGUAGCAGGCCAGAGUACACUAGCCCAGGCCAACUUCUCUGCCUUUUCUAUAAUAAAUUGUCUAUAUAUUUGGCGAUGUUAUGUCA